UAACUUGCAACCAUCCACUCUUGGUCUCCCAUUUGACAUAUAUAGCACAUCCAAGACAAGAACUUCGUCCGCUAGCUAAUCCUAAGUUCCCAACCCACCCACUCUCCUAAAAUUUCUUCUUCACAGCGAUAAAGCUCAGAAGCUCGAGCCGCCCGCGGCUUGUCUACAAUGCCGUACGCAGCUGCACGGCCGUCGCCCCAGCAGCACAGCCGGAUCAGCGCCGCCUGUAAGGCGUUGGUGGCGCAGGGUGCAGCGGUGCCGGGCGAGGUGGCGCGGCACCACGAGCACGCGGCCGGCGCGGGGCAGUGCUGCUCGGCCGUGGUGCAGGCGAUCGCGGCGCCCGUGGAGGCGGUGUGGUCGGUCGUGCGGCGCUUCGACCGGCCGCAGGCGUACAAGCGCUUCAUCAAGAGCUGCCGCCUGGUGGACGGCGACGGUGGCGCGGUGGGAUCGGUGCGGGAGGUGCGCGUCGUCUCCGGUCUGCCUGGCACCAGCAGCCGCGAGCGGCUCGAGAUCCUGGACGACGAGCGGCGCGUGCUCAGCUUCCGGAUCGUCGGCGGCGAGCACCGCCUCGCCAACUACCGGUCCGUCACCACCGUGAACGAGGUGGCGUCGACGGUGGCCGGGGCGCCGCGGGUGACCCUGGUGGUCGAGUCUUAUGUGGUGGACGUGCCGCCGGGGAACACGGGGGACGAGACGCGCAUGUUCGUGGACACCAUCGUGCGGUGCAACCUCCAGUCGCUCGCGCGCACGGCGGAGCAACUCGCGCUGGCAGCGCCGCGCGUGAACUGAUGCCCGUCAUGCACUCCGGCAGACCAGCUGAAAGGUACCACCGUAGACCCGUACCACGGGCGCAAGGUCGAGGUUCUGGAAUCUGGAGUGACAUGAUUUACACCCAUGCAUUAGCCCUAGUGUCAUGUGAAGAAAGAUUGGCUUUGUGCACCUGGCUGUUUUGUGUAAAUCAUCUCAUCGUGUUAACUUAGUAGUUGAAUUAAUGUGCAGUACUGAUUGGAUUACAUAUUACUACUCGAACUUCGCAUAUGAUAGUAGCGAGACCAUACAUAUGAGUGCUUGUAAAUCUAACUGACAAACCAAAUGAUGAAGUACGUA